AUGAGUAUGCUAACCAACUCGCAAAGCUAUCAGUAUCGCCUCCACGGCGCAGGCCAUCAGGCUCCCAUGCUCAACCUCCCAAAGCUGGACACUCAGAGCAUUCCCCUUGACCUGUCCAGUGGCUUGCGCACGGCUCCGCCUUUCGGGGGGUUUGGUGCUGAAUAUGGCAUGGGUGCCAUGGAUUUCGACCAUGACCUCGAUAAUACAAUUAAUCCACAUGCUCUUCACAUGACAAAUCUCCAAGGAAUGGGAUUGGAGACUUCCGGAUCACCCUUUCAGCAGAUGUUUCCAGGAAUGAUGGUAUCUCAUGCUGUAGCAGAGGAGGACGCCAAUUUUGAAUGGAUGACCCAUGGAUUCGAGAACCAGAUGUCUUUUGCACAUGCGAAUGAAAACGCUAUCGAUGACUCUUCCCCUUCCGCAAUGAGCACCAACAGUCCUGCGGGCAUGGUCGAUACGACGAAUGAUCACAAUCUUGGGGCAAUGCAUCAUCAUCACCCUGCUUCAGUUGCGAACAUGUGGGCCAACACACUUGCAACCCAAGCACAGGCUGUUAACAGCCCCGUAAACAUGGACCUCAUGUCUACCUUCAACGAGCUAGUAAAUGCUCCAGUGGGAACGGUCUCGCCCAAAUCAUUACUGGCUCAAGGUGGUGUUCUGGAGAUGAACCUGCAAAGCCCACCGGAUAUGUCAAACAUGGAUCCAGCGGGCAUGCAACCACAUCUUCAUUUCACUGGCUUUCAACUGCCCCUAAGUCAAGAUGGCCCCGCUUCCAGCACCUCGACCGCUUCCAUGGAGAGUAGCCUUCAUCAGAGCUCCGUGACAACAACAACCUCGUCUGAGCUCGUCAAUGACCACAUCCGCAGCAUUCUGAUCACAGGGCUCUCACAGAACGCCGGAUUUGGGCAACGCAAGUAUUCGCAACCUGCUAUAAGCUCUCCGUUAUCACCAGUUCCAGCCUCUCGAUCGAAAGGGUUUAAUGUGAGCACUUUUCCAAGCACGCAUGACUUGCAACGGUAUGUUGCCGCGUACAUUAGAUAUUUUCACCCACACCUCCCCUUCUUACACAUACCGACAUUGAAUUUCGAAUCACCAGAUUACACAACCCCGAUCAGGCUCGUACCAGGCCAAUCCCAGUACGGGCAGUCGAUGGUGGCUGGAGGAGGAAGCUGCCUCAUUCUCUCGAUGGCGGCUAUAGGGGCACUUUACGAACAUGAGUCGUCUCAUUCUAAGGAUUUGUUUGAAUGUGCUAAACGACUAAUCAGUAGCUACCUGGAGGAGAGACGCAAAGCUAACAUGACCAAGACUCAAUUUGCACCACGCCAUUCUUCGGAACGAGAAGACACACCACUAUGGCUAGUUCAAGCGAUGCUGCUAAAUGUGAUCUACGGACACAACUGUGGGGACAAGACUGCAGCUGAGCUUGCCAGCAACCACUGCGCCGCGCUGGUCAGCCUAGCUCGUGGUGCAGAGCUCGCCCGACCGGGACAGGGCUACACUGGAACAAUGGGCACUGGAUUCAAUACCAAUAUGCACCCCAAUGGAAUGUCGAACAACGGGUGGAAUUCGAUGGUCAACGAGCCGGAUGAUUCAGAUUGGUUCGAGUGGAAGAAUGCGGAGGAGCGCAAAAGGACGUUAUACGCGGUCUUCAUUCUCUCGAGCAUGCUCGUGACUGCUUACAAUCAUCCCCCUGCUCUAACCAACUCCGAAAUUCGACUGAGCUUGCCUUGCAGCGAAGAACUUUGGGCUGCUGAUUCUGCACAGACGUGGCGCAACUUUGGAGGCUCGUCACAAGCAACCAUGAAUUCGAUCACGUUUGCAGAGUCACUUACGCAUCUGCUGAUGUCAGCUCCUCGACAAAGACGUCGGAACAGCACCACAUCGAUCAUGGGGGCAACUGCAGAGAAUGAGCUUAGGCCGAGUACGUUCGGCUGCUUGAUCCUUGUCAAUGCGCUACACAACUAUAUAUGGGAGACACGCCAGCGACACCUGGGACGCCAGUGGACCACAAGCGAGACCGAGCAAAUGCACGCCCAUAUUGAACCAGCACUCCGUGCUUGGCAAGCAGCCUGGGCAAGCAAUCCCAGCCACAGCCUUGAGCGCCCAAAUCCAUUUGGAGCUGGGCCACUUUCGGCUGAUUGCAUUCCUUUGCUCGACCUGGCAUACGUUCGGCUGUUUGUCAAUCUUGGGAGAUCGAAAGAGGCAUUCUGGCAACGCGACUAUGACGCAAUGGCGGAGGAACUUGCGAAAGGACCGGAAGCCAUGCAGAACCAGGACAUGCCCGGUGUGAAGAUGGAGGCCAGUCCAACCAACAGUGGUACGAUGAGCCGUGGUCAAGAAGAGACACCAGCGGCGAUGAACGGCAUGAAUCAAGUUGAGCACGAGCCGCGUGACUCUCGUUCGUCUCGCCGAGAGCGUCAUCUCCGGAAAGCGGCCUUUUAUGCAACUGACUCUUUGUCUAUGUCUGACAAGCUAGGACUUACCUUUGCCGAACAAUCCUCUCGAGAGCUUCCAACUCAGUCGGCGAUGUGUGCGUUUGAUUGCGCUCAAGUGGUGGCAGAGUGGAUUGCAACAGUCCAAGAGCGUGUGGGCAAAUAUCUUGGCAUUAUUGGUCUGGAUGACGUGAGUCUUGUGGAGAUUCCAGGCAUUCUCCUUCUCGAGGAUGAGGACAGGAAACUUAUUCAGAAAAUCGACGAGGUGCUUUCGAGUGCAGAACAGAAGAUCGAAGCACGAGGCGGUCCCGACAUGAUCGCUGCUCGCCAGGGCGGGCACGGCAGUCGAAUCCUUGUACUGACCGCUCAUAUCCUUGAAAGAGAAGCGGUCUGGCCAGGUAAGAGUGGUUUGGGUGAUAGUCGGGUACCGUUUGCUAACGUCGGUGUAGUGUUUAAAUUAAUGGCCCAAUCCCUCGAAACGCAGGCUGGACACAUCAAAGAACGAGCCAUUGCCUCGGUCUCCAAUUCUUAG